AUAGCCUCUCUCUAUAUGUAUAUAUACUACACUCUACUCUUCACUCUUCACUCUUCACUUGUCUAUCAUCUCUUUCAACCUCCCUUCUUAAUUUUGCUUUUCUUCUUCAUCUAGCUGCUUCUUCAUAUCUGUAUACAUACAUAUAUAUAUAUAUAUAUAUAUAUCUCUUUGUUUUUAAGCAAGACUAAUUUGUAGAACAUGAGAGUUUAUUCUGGUCGUGUUGUGGUCACUUUCUUCUGUGUUCUACUUGUGAGUGGUUUGGUUGUUGCUGAUCAUCACAAUGGUGGAAAGGUUGAUAAGGAAGAUAAGCACUUGUUUCCACGUCCACAUUUCUAUAAAGGUGCAGGUCUAGGGCAUGGAAUAUACAGGAAAGGUUUCAGGCAUGGAAGGUUUGGUGGAGGUGGGCUUGGUGGUGGUGGUGGAUUGGGUGGUGGAGGUGGUCUAGGUGGCGGUGGCGGGCUUGGUGGCGGAGGUGGGUUAGGUGCUGGUGCCGGGCUUGGUGGUGGAGGUGGGUUAGGUGGGGGUGGUGGGCUUGGUGGUGGAGGUGGGCUAGGUGGUGGUGCCGGGCUUGGUGGUGGAGGUGGGUUAGGUGGGGGUGGUGGGCUUGGUGGUGGUGGCGGAUUAGGAGGGGGAGGUGGGCUUGGUCAUGGUGGUGGGUUAGGAGGGGGAGGUGGACUUGGACAUGGUGGUGGAUUAGGAGGAGGAGGAGGGCUUGGUCAUGGUGGUGGGUUAGGUGGAGGAGGAGGGCUUGGUCAUGGUGGAGGGCUAGGAGGAGGAGGUGGGCUUGGUGGAGGUGGAGGUCUAGGUGGUGGAGGAGGACUAGGCGGUGGAGGUGGUGCCGGAGCCGGUGGUGGAGGAGGACUUGGCGGUGGAGGUGGUGCCGGAGCCGGUGGUGGAGGAGGACUUGGCGGUGGCGGUGGAGCCGGUGCUGGAGGUGGUGUUGGCGCUGGAGGAGGAGUUGGUGGAGGUGGUGGACUAGGAGGUGGAGGUGGAGCUGGCGGAGGUGGUGGGUUCGGCGGUGGUGGCGGAGUGGGUGGUGGUGCAGGUGGAGGCUUCGGAGGAGGUGCCGGUGCUGGCGGGGGACUCGGAGGCGGAGGCGGUGCUGGAGGUGGAUUUGGGGGAGGAGGUGGUGCAGGUGGAGGAGGAGGGUUUGGUGCAGGUGGGGGAUUUGGCAAAGGUUUAGGUGUCGGCGGUGGAGAAGGCGGAGGUGGCGGGUUCGGUGGAGGCAGUGGUUUUGGUGGUGGUCACUAAUAAGUUGGCUUCUAGCGACCAAAACGAUAUAUAUGUAUGAAGAUGUUACGAGGCUAGCUAUAUUUUGAUGUGAACUAAUCAAUUAAUACGAGUAGUAUGUCAAUAAGUGCUUUGAGUUACAAUCAUUUUGUUUCUAUUAUAGCUGAAAAAAGCAAAGCAAUUUCAGCGAAGUCUUUCAGAUGGUGUUUAUAGUUAAAAUGCUAUAUAUAUAGAGUGAUUAAGUACUCCUCUCUUAGUAUUAGGGUAACUUCUAUAUGCAUGGUCUUCAAGAGAAGCAUGUAAACUUUCAUCGUCCCCCUAUUAUUAUUAUUCUUCUAAAUAAAGUUGCUCUUCUAAUUC